AUGGCGUCCAAGUUAGAGGAGGAUCUGAGCUGUCCGGUCUGCCUGGACAUCUUUAAACAUCCCGUCAUGCUGUCCUGCAGCCACAGCUUCUGUAGAGAGUGUGUGGAGAAGAGCUGGAAGGAGAAGAAGGACAAGGAGUGUCCCAUCUGUAAGAAGAGACACUCAAAGGGAUUAUUUUCUCCAGUUUGUGCUUUGAAGAAUCUGUGUGAGACUUUUCUGCAGGGGAGAAAACGAAGAGCUUCAGAGGAUCUCUGCAGUCUGCAUCAGGAGGAGCUCAAACUCUUCUGUCUGGACCAUCAGGAGCCGGUGUGUCUCAUCUGCAGAGAUUCAGAAAAACACGAUGAGCACCAAUUCACACCCAUUGAUGAAGCUGUUCAACAACACAAGAAGAACCUUGAGGAAACUCUGCAGCCCUUAAAGAAGAAGUUAGAGGCUCUUAAAGACGUUAAAGUGAAGUUUGAUCAAACAGAAGCUCACAUGGAGGUCCAGGCCCAACACACAGAGAGGCAGAUUAAGGAGCAGUUCAAGAAGCUUCAUCACUUUCUAGCAGAGGAAGAGGAGGCCAGGCUGCGUGCACUGAGGGAGGAAGAGGAGCAGAAGAGACAGAGGAUGAAGGAGCAGAUGGAGGCUCUGAGAGCACAGAUAGCAGAUCUUUCACAGACAGUCAGAGCCACAGAGGACCAGCUGACGGCCCAAGAUGUCUCCUUCCUGAAAAACUACAAGGCUGCAGUGGAGGGAGUCCAGCAGCGCCCCCUGCUGGAGGAGCCACAGCUGCCCUCAGGAGCUCUGAUAGACCAGGCCAAACACCUGGGCAACCUGGGCUUCAAGAUCUGGACCAAGAUGAAGGACGUGGUCUCCUACACACCCGUCAUUCUAGACCCAAACACUGCUGGAUUAGGAAUCAUCCUGUCUGAUGAUCUGACAGCUGUGAGAGGAGGAGAGAAACAGCAGCUUCCUGAUAAUCCAGAGAGGAUUGUUUGGCCCCCCUCUGUCCUGGGCUGUCAGGGCUUUAACUCAGGGACUCACAGAUGGGACAUUGACGUCAGGGACUCUACAUACUGGUUCCUGGGAGUGUUACCAGAGUCUGCUGAGAGGAAGGGAUACAUAUUGUCUAGAGUUUGGGCAGUACGGUUCUGUUUUGAUUCUCCCAGAGAAGAUCUCUGUGAGCGUGGAACCAAACUAAACAAACAUGAUGUUAUGAUGGCAUUUGAUCCAGUCACUUCUGAUAUUUGACUACAGAAACUUUCCUUUCAUGGUUUACAGUCAACAAAUCUAUGAUGGAUCUAUGAUGGACAUGUUUACUAAGCCACAAACAGAAAAGCUCACAAUUGCUGUGUUGUAAUUGUAGGCUGUUAGAUUUCAUGCUGCUCAUUUUUUACAAGAAGUUUGUGGCAAAUUCAUGACACCUGAUUGAAGAGAAGAAGUCAGUGGGGGUUGAUCUGGGGGGAUUGAUCCAUUGAUCACCUGUAGAGAACAGGUAGCGGCUAUUAUUUGACUUUUCAUGGAUGAUUUCUGAGAUGUGCUGCUGUCUCAGCACUUUCAUUUCUUUAUUGUAGCUGCUAAGUGUA